UCCCCGCUGUCCCCUGUGUCCCCAGACUUCCAGCGGUGCCAGCGCGCCAUGGCCGCCCGCGGGGCCGACGCCGGCCCGUGCCAGUGGUACCUGCGCGUCUACAAAUCCCUGUGCCCCACCUCGUGGGUGACGGCGUGGGACGAGGCCCGUGAGGAGGGGAUCUUCCCCGGCAAGAUCUGAGCGUCCCCAGCGCGGUGACAUCGGGGACGGGGCACGGGGAGGGCUGGGGACAUGGCUGUCACCCCCCGGGGACACGGCUGUCACCCCCCCAGGGGACACGGCUGUCACCCCCCCGGGGGACACGCGGUGGCACCGCCAAUAAAGGGUUAAAAACUGG